UCAAUCGCCGUUGUUGUGAAAACGAUUUCAAAUGUUCGGUCAUAUACAUACAAGUUAAAAUGCAAGUGAAAAGUGUUUUUUGCGUAAAUUUUCUGUUAGCUUGUGUCUAUUCUAAUUCGAAUUUGAAUUGUAAUUCUUCAGAGAGUAUUCCUGGAUUAGAAUGUAGCAAUGAAAAUAAUACGGACAGCGAUGAAAUUAAUACUGAUGUAUCUUUGGAACAUAAAGACUUCCUUGAAAAUAUUUCAAAUAUAACGGAUACACAAAGCCUAAGAUUCGCUACUCCUUGUGAAACUCCAAAUCUAGAGAUAACCUAUUGUGUUGAAAUAUCAAAAUGUCCAGUUCUUCAAAAUGUGCGUAAAAGUAAGAAAUACGCUGCUUAUAUUGAAGCAUCACGUUGUGGACCAAAACUGGAAAAUCAGAAUGACUUCAAAGUUUGCUGUGGCCGAUUCAACAACUUCAGAAAUGUUAGCAACUCGAUUGAUAAUAGCAUAUUUCCAAAACCAUGUGGAGUUCAAAAAAUUAUUAUGAGAGGACGAAUCUAUGGUGGCACAACAGCUGCUUUAAAAGAAUAUCCCUGGAUGGCAAGAAUCCUGCAUAAAAAUUCUAGGGGUCGUAAAACGUAUGGAUGUGCUGGGUUUUUGAUACACGCUAGAAUUGUUGUUACUGCAGCACACUGCAUACAAACCCCCACUAGAAAAAUUAGAGGAGAGCCGUAUGCUGUUGUUCUUGGAGAGCAUGACAUAACAACAAAAAUAGACUGUACACCCCGAAACAUUACAUGUGCCGAUCCUCUACAACAAAGUCGCAUUUCCAAUGUUAUCGUUCAUCCGAAAUAUGAUGAAAAUUCAACCAAUCAUUACAACGAUAUAGCUUUAAUUCAAGUAAAGAAAUCAUUCAAAUUCACAGAUUAUGUUCAACCAUUAUGUCUUCAUACCUCCUCGGACACAACUAUCAACAAAUAUUACAUUAGUGGCUGGGGGAAAACAGCUACCGAGGAAGCAAGCUCAGUAAAACUUAAACUCGAUUUGCCACCUGUUGAUAAGGCUGUGUGCUACGAUAAACUUUUAACUCUCAAUUUGGAAAUUGAUGAAACUCAGAUAUGUGCCGGUGGUGAAGAUGGUAAAGAUAGCUGCACUGGAGAUUCUGGAGGACCACUUAUGAUCAGAGAUAACGAUUCUAUUCACUACGCGGCCGGUAUUGUAAGUUAUGGAAUAGGAUGUGGAUUAAAAAAUUGGCCUGGUAUAUAUACGAAUGUUACAAGUUUUGUUGGCUGGAUUAAAACAGAAAUGUUAAAAAUGACUUUAUCUGAUAGACAAGCUAGAAUUCUCAAAAAGCAACAAAAGAAGCACGAAGAAAAAAAUGAGCGAGCGAAUCUCUAGGGUCUAAUAAUACUAUAGUUUAUAGGAUUACCUCAUUUAUAUUUUAAUGUAUAUUAGUAUAUAAUUAUUUCGAUAUAUUAAUCAAAUUACUGAUACUAAUAACUACCCUUAAAUUAUUUUAAAUAGAACAUGUGGAAAUUCUGUAUCACAGGAUUAUUAUUAAAAAAAGUAAUUUAGUUAUUAGUGAUUCAUUAAAAAAUAUUUAAACUGUGUAAAAAAGAGUAAAAUAAUUAAAAAAUAUAUAUUUUAGUAACGUA